CUUCCGUUCAAUUGUCAAUGGCAGGACCUUAAAGAUCUUUUUCGUAAUGCUGGGAAUAUUUUGCGCGCUGAUGUAGCCAUGGGUAUUGAUGGUCGCAGUCGUGGAUUUGGUACAGUCUUGUUCGCCACGAUGGAUGAUGCCAAAAAUGCAGUACGGAUGUAUGAUGGCCAUGAACUCAAUGGUCGGAUCCUCAAGGUUCACUUUGACAAAUUUUCACAUCCUUCUGUCAAUAACGGUUCGGCUUCUGCCGAU